UCCGCGAAUUUUUUCUUUUCGAAAUUUUAAAAAUGAACACAAAUGUUACACAGAUUGAUACAACGGUGGUGGUUGUACAUUCACUUAUCGAACACACCCUGGUUAUUCCUUGGUUCUACCUUCUAUUUCCGGUCUGGAUAUGGCAGAGAUGUUUGAGGAGCAAGUAUGAGACCUGGGCAUGGGAUGAAAUUAACCGGCGGAUGGGAAACCCUGCUCCUUUACUUACAACUCAGAUCCAUCCUUCAGAAGCCGGGGAUAUUCAACUUUUAACAAACUAUAGGCACGUGGUUUCAGAGCUCUUCUUCAAAUUUAGAGAACAUCCGGCCAACAUGGCAAACAUUGAAACACUGGGUCUUUACGUCUUACUGGUGGAAUUAGUUAUUUUUAUGCGAGUAACAAGCGCUUUGGAUCUUUGGAGGAACAUUACAAUUUCUAUCUCUCUCGUUUUGGUCAUUUCCUGCUCCGGGUACCUUGGCCUACCAUUGUUUACAAAUCAAGAUGUUGCAGUACAGUACAUAAAACUCAUCCUACUGCUGUCUUUGGAUUUGGGAUUUAGUGUUUACAGAUUUCUAUCUCCUCGUAGAAUUCUUCCAAACUCUUUUCAAGAAGUCUGUGUUCGGAACCUACCUCUCCUGUUCAGACCUCUUCUAAAUUAUCCUGGCGUGGAUUGGUUGCUCAGGGAAACUGUAAAUCAAUCUGUUCAAUUAUUUUCUUAAAUUUCCAUCUUUAAGCUAUUUGAAUAGUUUAGUUAUCAAUAAAAGUUCUUUUCUUCUUAAAUGCA